CACACCGAUUCUCUCAUUUGAAAACCAAAACAAUCAAAAUUUUUAAGUUUUAUUUUUAAAUUUGUAACAAAAGUGAAACUGUUUUUAAAACAAAAUCGUGCUUUUUAAUAAAACAAAUAUUUAAAACAAUUAUUAUAAUUAAAGUAAAAGUCAACAAUUUUUUUUGCACAGCAGUUAAAAAGUCUUGGUUUUAUUUAAUUUCUCGUGUCAAGCCGUUUUUAUCUUUAAUAAAGUCUUGCAAAUGUUGUGGGUGCUAAUAAACCAUAUAUGUUUAUUGGCCCUAAAGUAAUUUUUUGCUUGUGUUUUUUUUUCAUAAUUAAAAUAUCAAAUCUAAUAUUUGUGUUAAGACAAAAAAUAAUAAUAAGAACAAUAACAAAAUUGUCUAGUCUUAAUGAGUACAGGUGUAUUUAAAGUGUAUUAAAAUUGAGACGUUUGGGCUGGAAAACAAUUGUCAUUAACUAAAAUGUGUUCGAACAGCUCGAAAGUAACGCGGAAUUUUAAAGUUUUAUGCCUCCUAUUCCUUGUUGUUGCCUUUCAACAAAGAACGGAAGCUGCCCUAUUCGAUGGCUGUGACACUACAUAUAAUAUAAAUCCUGGUUUAUCCUACAUAGAAUCGCCAUAUUAUCCAAAUUCUUAUCCCAAAGGUUCAUCAUGUCGUUAUAAGUUUGUAGCUCCAUUGGAUUAUGAUAUAACAGUUAAUUGUACCAUCAAUUUGGCUAAGGGUACCAGUGGCUGCAGUACUGAGUAUUUCUAUUUGGCACGCGAUGGUGAUCUCUUGCUAAGAGAUUCUGAACAAUUUUGUGGUGCUGGCACAUUUAUACGUAAAUCUGUAUUCCGUUCGGUAGUUAUGGCUUACACUUCAAGUGGCGGUGUUGGCAACUUCCGUUGCCAAUUGAAUGCUCAGCCCCAGCCCUGUGAUUGUGGCUGGUCUGUCAAUACGAAAAUUGUUAAUGGGCAGACGGCAUCACCAAAUGAAUAUCCCAGUAUGGUGGCUCUUAAGGAUAGAACCACUAACCAGCCCUCGUAUUGUGAUGCAGCUAUAAUAUCCCAUAGACAUCUGCUUACAGCUGCCCAUUGUGCACGUGUUCAAACAAAUCCAGCUAAUAUAUUGGCUCGGGCUGGACGUCAAGAUAUAUUAUCUACCACUGACACCAAAUAUUCGGCAGAUUACUAUAUUAGCCAAAUAAUUGUACAUCCUUCUUAUACCCAGAAUCCUGUGAAUAAUGAUAUAGCCAUAUUGGUAACAACCUCUAACAUUGAAUGGUCCAGAGGUGUGGGACCCAUAUGUUUACCAUCGGCUGCUAAUGCCAACAAUAAUUUCGCUUACAAUUACGUGGAUGUCAUUGGCUGGGGUACUACCUCAUUUGCCGGUCCUACUGCUCAAAAUCUGCAAAAGGUUACUCUUAUGGUAUCGGAUAAUAAUAGCUGUGCCAAAGAAUAUCAGGGUAUAACCACAAUUUAUUCAAGUCAACUGUGUACUUAUGAUACUACAGGCACCAACAAAGAUUCUUGCCAAUUUGAUUCUGGUGGUCCAGUUAUUUUCAAGUAUAAUCGUCAAUUCAUAUUGGGUAUUAUAAGUUUCGGUAAAGGAUGUGGCCAGGGUGGUUAUGCCACCGGUGUUAAUACACGCGUUACUUCAUUUUUAGCGUGGAUUCAACAAAAUAUCGGCUACUCAAAUUGUAAUGUCAGCAUGUAGUGUUUUAUAAUGGCUGAGAUUAAAGCUAAAUACUAUUAUUUAGAAACUUUAGUUGAGAGAGUAUACCAAAAAUUAGCUAUUUAAUUUAUAUUAAAAGUUUUUUGAUUUUAUUUAAUUUAUCUU